UAUUUAUUUAUUACAUCUUGCAUAUAUCGCUCCGCGCCGUGCGACGCAGUCAGACUAUUGUGUUGGUGUCGUGCACACGGAGAUUCAGUUCAUUCUACUCAAGUGGAAAAUGUGGCCACUAUUAUUACUGACACUGCUAGCGACCGCAACAUGCCUGCCACUAGAAGAAAAAGAAGACCCAACACCUACCACAGAUAAUAUACAGCACCUCCAAAAAAACAUAAAUGUCGUCUCUUACAUACAAAACUUUAAAAACGUAAUGGCAGACUACGUAAAUACACAAUACAACCUAACCGGACACGACAUGGAAAAAAUAAAGCAAACGCUAGAAGAAUUUCUAGUUAACUUCGCUAACGAUCUCCGAGAAACGGUUGAUGACCAGCAGAAGAAUGUGACGUUUGAAAAAGAGCGCGAAAAAAUUCAAGAUGGCGUCCCCGAUGCGACUUUCGUGGAAAUAAGAGAUAGGAUUAUGACAGAAUUUCCGGAUAUAAAAGAGGAAACUGCUGAUGUGAUUGUGUAUAAGUUGAGGAAGAAUUUAUAUGAGACGCGGCAGAAGAUUGAUUAUGUUAUUAAGACGUCAGAGAGAGAAUUUGAAUAUGCCGUGGCUUAGUUUUUCAGAAGAGAAAGAAAGUCAGACCAAGAAAUGUUUGCAGCGGACAUGAUAGCCCACGCAGUGCAAGUGUUAUUUUGAACAUCAAACUUUUAUGAAAUUAUGACGUAUAAAUAACACUUGCAAUGCGUAGGCUAUCGAAUCCGAUGCAGACUUUUCUUAGUCCGACAAAAUUAUUUUUUUUUUUAGGAAAGGAGUUGGACUAUACAGGGUGGCUAAAAAAUAAGUGCAUUGUUGUUGCUAGGGAGGUUUUGGGAUUAUACUGAGCAACUUUUACUAUGGGACCAACCUCAAAAUCGCGUAAAAAGAUUUGACUGUUUCAUACAUUUUGGCUGGUCUAUUUUCUAUGGGAGGGUAAAUUUUAUUUCACGAUUUCGGGGUUGGUCCCAUUAUAAAAGUUGCUCAGUAUAAUCCCAAAACCUCCCUGACAAAGGAAAUGCAUUUAUUUUUUUAGCCACCCUGUAUAUAUAGUUUGGCAAGCCAUUUCCGUAAGUAGACAGACGGCAAAUUUAAAAAAAUACAUCCGAAGGGGUACUCUCAUAUAAAAUUCGUAACUAAAUGUGUGUCCCUCCCCCCGGCCAUAGUAAUUGCUGAGAUCUAGUUAAUAAAUAUAAAAGAAAGAAAACUACAAAUGUACAAUUUUUUUUUAUUUGUAAAUACAGAACUUUAUAAUAAAGAAUGCAAUAUAUACUCA